AUGUCUGACUACAUUUGGUCUAUACCUGCCAUAAGGUAUAAAAAAGAAGUCAGAGAAGAGAUUCGCAAUAAGUUUCUGGUAAGAGAAGAAGACACAAUCAUUCUGACUUACCCCAAGUCAGGUAAGGACCAUCAGUACAAACUGGUUGAGAUUGUCUGCUUGAUUCAGACCAAGGGGGAAGAAUGGAGACAAUCUGUGCCCAUCUGGGACGGCUCACCAUGGGUAGAAAAUGAAAUGGGAUAUCAUAAAUUAAUCAAUAAGGAGGGACCACGAUUCAUCAGCUCCCACCUCUCCCAUCUUUUUCGCAAGUCUAUCUUAACUUCCAAGCCCAAGAUGAUCUAUCUCAUCAGAAAUCCCAGAGAUAUUCUUGUAUCUGGUUAUUUUUUCUGGAGUAAGACAAACCUUAUUAAGAUUCUAGACUCUCGGAACUUUGAAUGGUUCCUCAAAGGAAACAUUCAGUAUCCAAGUGGGUUCCAUAUCCUUGGUUGGAGUAUGAGUCUCUGGGAAAAUUGGAGUUAGCUCUUCUUUGAAGGUCUGAAGAAGGACCCAAGAGGAACUAUAGAGAAGAUCUGUGACUUCCUAGGAAAGAAAUUAGAGACAGAUGAGCUGGAUCUGGUUCUCAAGCACAGCUCCUUCCAAGCCAUGAAAGAAAACAGCAUGUCCAAUUAUAGUCUCAUCCCAGAAGAUAUAAUUACUAAUGAUUUGAAGCUCAUGAGAAAAGGCACAACUGUGGACUGGAAGAAUCACUUCACCAUAGCCCAAACUGAAGCCUUCAAUAAAGUAUACCAAGAGAAGAUGGCCAGUUUCCCUCUGGGACUCUUCCCAUGGAAAUAA